AAUCGAUCGACCGUGAGCACCAUCAUGGCUGAGCGGUUUCUCAAACGUAUGCUAGAAUGAAACAAAUAGUUAGUUGGAAAGAUAACUUGGAAUGUUUAUACAUAGUCUUGUUGCAUCCUCCGUAUGUAUGUACAUUCUGUAGUCACUAUUUCAAAUUGAUAAUUAAUAUCAAUCUUGUUCUUUUUGAAAUAAACUGAUCUGAAAAUGAGAAUAGUUUGUGCCGCAAAGAAUUGUAAAUACUCUUCAAUUAAUGAAGACUCGAGGCAAAUCAUGUUUAUUAAUUUUCCAAAUGAUGCUACCUCAAAGAUAUGGGCACAACACUGUGGUAGAACGGACCUUUUAUUAAAAUCAAACGAAGAACUGCAUUUAAAUUAUUAUAUAUGUUCUCAUCACAUAGAAGAUCAUUAUUAUAUAAGCAAAAUAGAUCCUGUUAUAAUAGAUGCGCGUGCAGUUCCUACAUUAUUUGGAUCAGAUUUUGUAACAGAGAAGGAUGCAAGAAAUGUUUUUUAUACGAAUGAAGAAACAGAAGUAACAGACAGUGCCGUAUUAUCAUACUGUGAUACGAAUGUUGAAGUAGAUCAGUAUCAUGGUAUUAGUAUUAGAUUUUCAAAUUUAUGUCGAAUAUGUGGAGAACCAUCUGUGGACGGCAUAGAAAUAUUUGCAACGAAAGGAAUAGAAUUAAAAUUAAAAGAAAAAAUUAACUUACAUCUGCCAGUAACUAUAGAUGUGAAAGAUGUAAUGCCACAAAAAUUAUGCUUGAACUGUUGCAACAAAUUGGACAUAGCACAUUCGCUUAUUAUAACUUCUUUACGAACAGAUAUGAAAUUGAAGAAAUUUCUAAAUAUUAACGAAGAAUUAAAUUAUGACAAUAGGUAUAACAAAAUAGUUCAACAAUGUUCAUUAGAGAUUGCCGAAGAAAUGUGUACCAAUGAAGAGACACAAACAACAUUGAUAGAAUUGUCUUCUAAUAAUAUGGGAGAUAGUUCUGUAAAUCAAGAAAUUACUGGAAAAUUAAAUCAUUUAGAAGAAAUUCACACUAUAAAUAACAUAGAAGACAAAAUGCAAUCUGAAUUAAAUAGCUUUAUUGAAUCGCACAAUAAAAGGAAUAAAGAAGAUGAAUGUACAAAUAAAACCAUGCAACAUUAUCCGAAAAAUGGUGUAAUCAAUUUUAAUAAAAUUUCAUGUAUUCGCUGCAAUAAUUCGUUUAAAAGUCAAGAAAUGUUCGAAAAUCAUAAAAUGUUCUGUUAUGUAAAAGAAACUACAGUAAAAAAAGAAAAAGAGAUUAAUAGUAAUAUAAAUAGUAGAGAUUCUAAUAAUGUAGAAAUAAACUUGGAAUGUAUUUCAAAAGAAAGUUGCAAUACAUGCCACAAGAAUUUUGCGAAUGAAAAACGUUUAAUUGAACAUAAGCUUUCGUAUUGUACAUUUUUUGAAGAAGAACAAUAUAAACUGUCCAAUAAACCAAAUGCAAAUGAAGAACAAUAUGGUACUGAUAAAGAUACGUGCGAUACUAUUAAUAUUACAUUGAUCGAAACUAAUAAAAAAUGUGGACAUUGUGACAGAAUUUUUAAUACUAAAAAGGAACUGCUGAGUCAUAUUACGCAAUGUCAUAAAAGUCGAUUGUUGUUAAAGUGUAUUAUAUGUGACAGGAGUUAUGAAAAAUGGUCAAGUUUAGAUGUACACGAAGCUACUCAUAGAAUAGAUAAACCUUACCUAUGUGAUUUAUGUGGUAAAAGUUUUAAACAUUCUAACAAUUUAAGGGGUCACAAGAGAACUCAUUUAGAUGACUCCAAAAAAAAACGACACAUUUGUGAGAUUUGUGGAAACGCAUUCAGAUCUAGAUUUCAUUUGGGCGAGCACAUGAAUCAGCAUAAUGGAAAUAAACCUUACCCUUGCGACAAAUGUGGAAAAGCAUUUUAUAAAAGAAUACAAUUAAGACAACAUACUUUGUCUCAUGGUUUGAAUAAACACGUUUGUCCAAUAUGUGGUACAGCGUUUAAUCGUAAAGGGAAUAUGAAUACACAUCUUAAACGUCAUAACAAUGGAAAUGGCAUGUACACGUGUAGUGUUUGUACAUACAGAUGUAAAACGAUGAGCGAAUUAAAGUUACAUAGAAAAAAGCACACGGAACAGGACAUUAUAGAUAGUAUACGAAAAAAGUGUAUUGAUAAGACUAUAUGGCAAUGUAAAAGUUGUAAUCGGAUAUUUUCUACACGAACAGCCUUAUUAAAUCACGAGCGUACUCAUAAAAAAGAGAAAAUGAAUAUAGAAUGCAAUGUUUGUGGGAAGAAAUUAUCGAGUAAAUAUUCUUUGAUCUAUCACAAGAGGUCUAUGCAUUCUACGGAGAGACCACAUAUGUGUCAGUAUUGCGGAGGAUCGUUUCUUUCCAAUGAAGCACGUCUUAUACACGAAAGAAUACACACCGGAGAACGUCCUUACGUAUGCAAAGUGUGCAAUAUGGAAUACAAAUGUUCCAGCAAUCUUAAUCAGCACAUGAAAAUCCAUUCUGGCGCAAAACCUUACAAAUGUAAACACUGUAGCAAGUGUUUUACUCGGAAGGGUGCAUUAAGCGUGCACGAAAGAGUUCAUACCGGUGAGAAACCGUUUUCCUGCGACACGUGUGGCAGAACGUUUUCACAAAAGAAUGACAUGUUAAAACACACCAAAACACACCAAUCGAAAUCUCUGCAUUGCGAACAAUGUAACGAAACGUUUACAAGAAAAAAGGAUAUCUUGAAGCAUGUUACGCUACACGAGCAGAAUAAUUCUAUGAUUGAAGAAUAUGUGGAAGUCCAAAAGCAAGUGGAAUCUUAUAAUAUAGAUAUACCUUGUUCUCAAUUUCAAUAAUUUUUGUACAUUUUUAUACACAAAGUGAAAUAAAAUAAAAAGUUGAAUGACAAAAAAAUACUGAUAUUACACUCUUCUUAUCAACAAUAUUAAUACAUUGCCGUCGAUUGACGCACAUACGUCUGAUUGAGAUUUUCAGAUAUUUACCUCGGAAUUAAUUUAGAAAACGCUAUAAAUAUUGAUUAGUUACGAAGUUGUAGCAAUUUUUGCAACGUAACACGAUUGAAAAAAAAAAAAAAAA